AUGUCUAAAGAAACCGUAGAUGCAAAUGAGACUGAAACACGAGGCAUUAUCAAUUUGUGGAAAAGGUUAACCUUGAGAACCGAUUCAUCAUCCAUACGUUCACUUAAUCAUCAAUCUCGUCAUUCGAAUCAGAAGGACGCUAUGGUACAAACAAAAAAAAUGAUGAUUUAUCUAAAAUCACCUCAUGCAUUGAGCGGAGGAUUGAUGAAAGGUACCAUUUCGCUUACACCUGUUCCCAAUAUGGAAAUCCAACAGUUGGAAUUAAUGCUGCAUGGAAUUGAAAUUGUUUUUGAUCCAGUUCAUUAUUCAUCUUCUACUCAUGCGUACUCUUUUCUUGAAUUACCAAUAUUAACUCUCCAACAACCUAAUGAUCAGUUAAUCGUUCCUGCCAAUCAUCAUCCAUUCCAAAUGACCAUCCCUUUUCGUUUUCAAUUACCACUUGAUUUGGGUGGUAGUUAUAAAGAUAAAAAAGGAUGUGUAGAGUAUACUUUACAAUGUCAUGCUCGUGUAAGGAUAGAUGACCAUGAUGAGGUAUGGUAUAUGGAUCGACAUCUACAAGUCUAUCAAAAUGUACUCAGCUUAAAAUCAACAGAGCAAAUGGCACUUUAUCAACCUAUCUGUGAACGUCGAAGGAUAUGGGAGAGAUCACCUGUUUUAUUAUCACCCAUCAUCAGCAACGCUAAUAACGAUAAAGAUACUGAUAGUAAAAAAAAUAAGCACUCUUUUGUUGAUUUAACUAUGAAUAUAUCAAGGUCUAUAUGGACAUCUGGUACAUGCCUUUAUGUUACCAUGACAAUGGAGAAUAGAUCGGUCCAUAAGCUACGUGACAUUAAGUUGGAGUUGAUUAAACGUGAAAAUACUUUUUCUCAGACAGGAUUGAAAAAAAGUUUUGACUUGAUGCCUGUGACAUCUACCUGUGAACUCAUCGCCACUACAAGUUUAUUGAAUUUAGGUUGGUGGAAACCACUCGAUCCACAAAGUGAUGAUCAUGUUUUGAUUCCUCUAGAAAUACCGCCACACGAAUUCACUAUUAAACAUCAAAAACUGAUUGAUAUAUCAUUUGCAUUACGUAUUUCAGCAUCAUCAUUAACAAGUACCGAUGCCAUUGUCGAAAUACCCAUCACUCUAGCUCAUCCUAUAUCGGCUGAUCCACCGCCCGGUAGUAUCAUCGUGUCAUCACCUACAUCAGCAACAACAGAAACAAAUUUGUUGCCUUAUGAUCCUUCAUUUCAUCUUUUCAGUCAAUCACAUGGAAUCAUUCAUCCAGAAACACAAUCAUUACCAGAACCCACACCAUUACCACCCCCAUCAUCAUCAGUUCCUCUAUCAGCAUCAUCACCCUCCGUAUGGACAUCAAGGUCAUUGUCUUAUGUAGCUUUUAAUCCUUUAUCUGAUACACCAUCACCACCACCAUUGCCACCAAAAGAAGAAAACUUUUUACGACAGUACGAUCCACCAAUGGAUAAUCCAAAAAAGAAAAAAAAGAAAGGACAUUCAAAUCAUCAUGAUCAUCAUCAUUUAACAAAAAUUAAGCAAGAAAAGCAACAACAACAACAACAACAACAAAAAAUAAUAUCAGUAUCUAGUUCCAACUCACUCAUUCCAGAUCAUCAUGCCUAUAGCACAAGCAAUCAGUUGCCCAAAUGCUUAACAUUAUCGUGUAAACAAGAGGAUGGUCUACUUUCUUCACAGACAAGUACAUUGCUUACCUUGGCCCCUUCUCAAAAAUUUGAAAUAUCCGUCAAAGACUUAAAUUUAUUUUCUCCACCAAGUCCUCAAAUGAAGACAACGCAUCCUUCUCCUCAUCGUCAUCAUGGAUUAUAUAGAUUAUGGACCUCAAAGAAAAAGAAAACACGCGUCUGUUGA